UUCACAUCGAAGUCGGCUUGCGUGCGUCGACGUGAUGACGCAAGGCGGCCACAGUGGAUCCCGAUUGCUGCAGCCGCUUGUCAGUGUGAUGAAGAUUGGCACUCAGAUAUGCAUUUGUUUGCCAACACCUUUCAGCCUGCGCGUAUAAUGCUUGAGUGUUGGCAGUGGCUACAGUGAACAUGAUGGCAGGCCAGCCUGUGUCAAUGCACAAGUACGAGGAGAGAGUUCAACAGGGGGUCGAGCAGACAGACUGUGAUCCAGAGAAGAGUUUUGCAGACACAGGAAUGGGGAGAACCUGCAACAAUGCUCUUGCUGAGUCCAAUCGCAUGGACGCAGAUAAAGCUUCCAUAUACAGGCAUCCGCUCUUUCCUCUCCUAACCCUUCUGUUUGAGAAGUGCGAGCAGUCUACUCAGAGCUCAGAGUGUGUCACGUCGGCAAGCUUUGAUAUCGAUAUCCAGAAUUUUGUACGCAACCAAGAGAAAGAGGCCAAGGCUUUCUUCAGUGAAGACACUGAGCUAGACAGCCUGAUGGUGAAGGCCAUUCAGGUUCUCCGGAUUCACCUGCUAGAGCUGGAGAAGGUCAGCGACCUGUGUAAAGACUUCUGUAGCCGCUAUAUCUCCUGCCUCAGGAGCAAGAUGAACAGCGAGACACUGCUGAGUGGAGAAACAGACAGUCCCUACUCUCCCCUGCACACUCAGGAUACCCAGGGCACUGUGGUUCCUGCUUCACCUAUGCAACAAGGCAACUUAUCAGCAGUCAGUCAGUCACAAAUUGUUUCAGGUGGUGCAGUGUAUCAGCCGGUCACAGUAGUCACGCCCCAAGGCCAUGUCAUGGCUCAGGCCAUCUCACCGAGCAAGAUACACAUUCAGAACUCCCAGCAUUUACAGCUGCAGAUGAAUCAGGAUUUUGGUUUCUUCAGUAAUGAAGACAGUUCUUCGAAAAACAAGCGCGGCGUUCUCCCCAAACAGGCCACCAACGUCAUGCGCUCAUGGCUCUUCCAGCACAUCGCGCACCCUUAUCCUACUGAAGAUGAGAAGAAACAGAUUGCUCAUCAAACCAAUCUCACUCUGCUACAGGUCAACAACUGGUUCAUUAAUGCACGGAGACGGAUUCUGCAGCCAAUGCUAGACGCCAGCUCUGCAGAGAUGCCCAAAGCCAAGAAGAAGACUCCACAGACCCGCCCUCUACAGCGCUUCUGGCCCGAUUCAAUCGCUUCCUCUGUGUCCCAGCAACAGUUCAACAUGGAAGAAGUUAACAUAGUGACGGUUGGGAUGAGCAUGGAUGGCUACCAAACUCUGUCCUCAGACGGAGCUACACUCGCCAUGCAGCAAGUCAUGAUGGGUAAUCACAGCGAGGAUGAAACAGAUGUCAGCGAGGAUGAGGGCGACACACACCUGUCCUCAGCUAACAUGACUGAUCUGGGCCUCAAUGCCAGUAACUGACUCUCUCUCACAAACACACAUACACACCCAAAAGACUUGACAUGGCGCUGACUUUGACAAUUCUGAUACUCCUGCACUACAGAGAGGAUCAUAAAAAACACCCCUUAAAGUAAUGUGUACACACACACACACACAUGGUUGACAGAGAGCAUUACAUUACAGACAGGUGUGCUAAUUUAUGAGGAGAUGUUUUUAUUGCGUAGACGUCUAGGUGAGUGCACUUUUUUUUGAUAAACUCCAAAACGGCAAAAACAAACAAAAAAAAAAGAAACAGAAAAAUGUUUGAACGUCCCCAAGUUUUUGAAACUCUUGUUAU